AUCGCAAUCUUAGUCAUUGUGCUAGGAACUUGUAAGAGAGAUCAGAUCGGGAGGAUAAAAAUGGUGAGCAGCGCUGCGGUGGUUGCUCCCAGAGUUGAGAGGUUGGCAACCAGUGGGAUUAAGUCGAUCCCUAAGGAGUACGUGAGACCUCAAGAAGAGCUGACCAACAUCGGCAACGUGUUCGAAGAGGAAAAGAAGGAAGGUCCAGAAGUUCCGACGAUUGACUUGACGGAGAUAGAGUCGGAAGAUGAGGUGGUUCGAGCGAGGUGCCACGAGACGCUGAAGAAAGCUGCUCAGGAAUGGGGCGUGAUGAACCUGGUGAACCAUGGGAUCCCAGAGGAGCUGUUGAACCAACUCAGGAAAGCUGGCGAGACUUUCUUCUCUCUUCCCAUUGAGGAGAAAGAAAAGUACGCCAACGAUCAGGCCUCCGGUAAGAUUCAAGGCUACGGAAGCAAGCUAGCCAACAACGCCAGCGGCCAGCUCGAGUGGGAAGACUACUUCUUCCACCUUGUUUUCCCCGAGGACAAGUGCGACCUCUCCAUCUGGCCCAGAACCCCCUCCGAUUACAUCGAGGUGACGAGCGAGUACGCAAGGCAACUGAGAGGGCUAGCAACGAAGAUACUGGGGGCUUUGUCUCUUGGAUUGGGGUUGGAGAAAGGGAGAUUAGAGGAAGAGGUUGGAGGAAUGGAGGAACUUUUGCUUCAGAUGAAGAUCAACUAUUACCCAAUAUGCCCCCAGCCGGAGCUGGCUCUCGGCGUUGAAGCCCACACGGACGUGAGUUCCCUCACCUUCUUGCUCCACAAUAUGGUGCCCGGCCUGCAGCUUUUCUACAAUGGCCAGUGGAUCACAGCCAAGUGCGUGCCCAACUCCAUUUUCAUGCACAUCGGCGACACCGUCGAGAUCCUCAGCAACGGCAGGUACAAGAGUAUUCUGCACAGGGGGUUGGUGAACAAGGAGAAGGUCAGAAUAUCUUGGGCUGUCUUCUGUGAGCCUCCCAAGGAGAAGAUCAUACUGAAGCCGCUGCCGGAGCUGGUCACCGACGACGAGCCGGCUCGCUUCCCGCCUCGCACCUUUGCUCAGCAUAUUCAGCACAAGCUCUUCAGGAAGUGCCAGGAAGGUCUGUCCAAAUGAGCCUUUUAUAUUAUAUGAUCUCUAUAUUCUUCAUUUCCGUCUCUCGCGAUCAUUGAACUCUCAGUUGCGGCGUCUCGUCAGGUAUUAUUAGUUACAUGCCAAUUUCAUAUAUGUCGCCUAGAUGCUGUGGCAGUACGUAAUUAUGUGCUGGUCGUUCUUCUGUGGGACUGUUGCUUUCUUUGAUGGUUUCCCUCUGCACUUUCUGUUUAAUAAACGAGAUGCAUAUUCACGCUUUUACUUU